CCUCGAGCUCUCACGGGGGAAGAAUGUCGCUUCUCCUCCGCCUCACCCACCCUCUUCCCCCUCCCCAUCACAGCAUUCCACCUACCACGAAGCUCCCCCGUGAAGCUUAACCCCCCGGGACGCUUACCACCUGGCGAGUAAGCCGUGCAAUGUCACCUGGGGGAGUGAAGCUAAGGGGACGAGUGGGGAUACUGCGUUUUGGCUUAGAAUGGAAACCUGCGGUGUUCUAGUGACAAUAUAACAAACAGCCCUGGAUGGUUCUGAUAAAGAGGGAUGGUUCUGGAUUAAUACUACGACUACUGUUAUUUCUCCCCUCUCUCUCUCUCUUUCUGUGUGUCUCUGUGUCUCCCCUCGUCCUCCGCUGCUAAUGAAAAGGUAGAAAGAGGGGAGUCUUUCCGCGCCAGACGAUAAAAGGUUUCACUAUUCAAGCUUGCAUUUAAAAGCUUGAGUGCUCUCAGUGUAGCUUCAACGUCCGCUUGUCUCCCAGGAUGGUGAUGUACAGUGCUCGUUGACAGUGAAAGGGGAAAAAUGGUGAACGAGGGGAAAUGUUUCGUCUGACAAGGUGAAGUGAAGGUGAAUGUUACCUGUGUUUUAAUUAAGGUGAACCUGUGGUGAGUCAAGGUGCUGGUGUGACUUGGAGAGUGAGUGAGAGGCGCAGGGCAAUGAGAGAGGCGCUGAGUGUGAGGGGAGAGAGGGGAUUGUCCGCCACGCCAGCGAGGAGAGGCGUGUUACCUGGCCGAGUAUUUGUGGGUGUGAGGCGUGAGGCGUGAGGUGUGAGGGAAGGUAAAUAUAGAGGCCCGAGGAUAGGGUUGCCAAGUGGCGGUGCUGACGGGGCGAGGACAAAUGUUGACGAGUGACGAGUGGCAAGUGACGAGUGACGAGUGAGAGGGAGUGGUGGCGACGUGUAAGGAUGUGCCAACACGUAAUCCACGGGAGGUAAUGGUCUUAAAGUGAGACGUGACUGUCCGUCCGCCGCGGCCGCUCGCCACGCACCAGCCUCAGCCUGCCUGGCCUUAGCCCUCAGCCUCCCUCCCUGCCGCCGCCGCCGCCGCCGCCGUGCUACAGUGGCUGGCUGGCCUCGCCGCGGAGCGCUGUGCUGCUGCUGGUGAGCCGCGGCGCUCGCCUCACGCCGCACCUCACUGGGAAGGCCCCGGCACUCAGCAGGCAGGACAGCAUCAGCCCUCAGUAGCGGCGCAGUGCAUCAGUGAGCCGGGACAGCGAGGCCGCCACCAGCCGGGCAGCGCGUGUGUGCGUGUGUGUGUGUGUGCGCGAGGGUCCGAGGCAAGGAGCAUUCGGUACACAAACAAAGGGAGGCAGGCCGCCCUCCCCCGGACGCCCCGGUCCCCGCGUCCGCCGCCACCACGCCCCAGUGCCUGCGUGGGCGUGGCGGUGUCCUGCAGAGUAGCCCUGGAGGCGCCGCCGCCCGUGCCGCGCCUUGGCCAGGGUGCGGGCGAGCGCGGGCGUGUGUCAGAUGCCCGCGGGGCCACACCGCCGCUGCUGCUGCGGCCUCCUCCCCUCUGGUCGUCAUCGAUCACCACAGCUCACCGCCAUCACACACGGUCCCCCCGCCCUCCGCCCCCCCGCCACGUGCCCCCCACACCUGCGCACCAGCACGUGCCGCCAGUCCGCGGCGUGAGUUAGUGCGGGGCAGGCGGGGCGGCGGUGCUCGGGCGUGUCGGCCCAGCGCCUCCCUGAUGGCGGGCGUUCCCGGACUGCCGCCGCUGCCACUGCUGCUGUUGCUGCUGCUAGCGCUGGCGGGCAGUGGCAGCGGGCGUCCCCCAGAUUGUGAGUGGCGCCUGGAGAACACAAGCGUGACGGCGCGCGCCGAGCAGCAGGUCAGCACCUCCUGCCGCGUUAGGACUCUCACCCGCGACCUGCUGACUACUGCCGGCGACGCAGACGGUGACAAGGGCUCGGCGCUGUCGGCGCUGGCACAGGCGGCGCACGUGACGGCACUAUCCCUGCACUGCGCGCGCCAGGUGGUAUUUGAGUCGCACGUGGAGGCGGGUAUGUUUGGCGUUUUCCCGCGCCUUCAGGAGCUGCACAUCCUGGGCUGCAAAGUGACGCAACUGCCGCCGCACGCCCUGGCGCGCCUGCCCAACUUGCGCCGCCUCACGCUGCGCGCCCACCACGAGGACUGGCCCACGGCGGCCCUCGCCGUGCACCCUGACGCUCUCAGCGGCCUGGGACGCUUGGAGGCCUUGGACCUGGCCCACAACGCCCUUUGGGCACUGCCUGCAGCCCUCCUGUGUCGCCUGCCCGCCCUCGCUGCCCUCAACCUCACCCACAACCGCCUGCACCAUCUACCGGAUCUGGGCCUGGGCGCCGAGGCGUGCGGGUCGCCGCUGCGGCAGCUGGACCUGGCCCACAACCAGGUGUCUGAAGUGCCCGCUGCCGCGCUGGCCGGUGCUGCGGAGCUACAGACGCUGUCGCUGCGGCAAAACCGCGUGGCGCACCUCGCCGACACCGCCUUCCAGGGGCUGGCCGCACUGCGCCGCCUCGACCUGUCACACAACAGGCUGGUGGCGGUGCCGCGCUCCGCCCUGGCUGACCUCACGCAGCUGCGGGAGUUGCGGCUGUCCAACAACUCCUUGGGCGCCCUGCCGCCUGACGCCUUCGCCGGCCUGACGCAGCUGCUGACGCUGGACCUGGCGCACAACCAGCUGACUUUCGGCCCCGCCGCGGCGCGCCCCUUCACCGGCCUGAUCCGCCUGCGCGUGCUGGACCUGUCGCACAACCGCCUGGCCGCGCUGGCGCCGGACUCCUUCCGCGGUUUGUACUCGCUGCAGGUGUUGCGCCUCGGACACAACAGGAUGGCCGUGUUGCCGGACGGCCUGUUCGCCGGCCUGCACAACCUGCACACACUGGCGCUGGGGCACAACCGCCUGCGGCAGGUGUCACGGCGGUCACUGCAGGGCUUGGUGGUGGUGACGCACCUGCUGCUGCACCACAACCUGCUGGGUUCCGUGCACCCCGCGGCGCUGGACAACUGCUCCUCGCUGCACCACCUCGGCCUGGCCCACAACCUGCUGGAUCACGUGCCGCAAGCCGUGUCCCACGCCCCGCUGCUGCGCACCCUGGACCUGGAUCACAACCUGCUCACCGCGCUGGAGGAGGGCGUGCUGCGUGGCCUGACGCACCUGCAGGAGCUGCACGCCGCGCACAACCAGAUCGCGGCGUUGAAUAAGACCUCCCUGGCGGAGGUGCCCGCGCUGCGCCUGCUGGACCUGUCUCACAAUGGACUGGCGGGCGUAGAGUUUGGCGCCCUGGAUGCCACGCCGCGUCUGGCGGGCCUCAGCCUUCACCACAAUCUGCUGGGGGACCUGAACGGCAUGGUGGGCGAGCUGCAGAACCUGACGUGGCUGAACGCCUCGCACAACGCCAUCACGUGGUUCGACUACGCGCUGCUGCCGCGCAACCUAGAGUGGCUGGACCUGAGCCACAACCAGCUGGCGCAGCUGGACAACUACUACAGCCUGGAACAGGCGGUGGGGCUGCGCGUGCUGUACGCGGCGCACAACAACAUCUCGGACAUCUCUGCCAGCAGCGUGCCGGACAGCGUGGAGGAGCUACACCUGCACCACAACGCCAUCUCCUACGUGGCCUCCAACACCUUCCUGGAGAAGGCCAACGUGGCGCUCAUCGACCUGCGCCACAACAGUCUCACCAUCCUGGAGGAGGCUGCCCUCAGGCUGUCCCCCCGCCAGGCCCCGCCGCCCUUGCUACUGCUGUCACACAACCCUCUGCAGUGUGACUGCGCCGCGGACUGGCUGCUGCGGGCGGCGGGCGCGGUGUUGGGCGCGGCCAUGGGCGGGGGCUCUGUACUGCCGCACCUCGGGGACGUGGGGCGCGUGGAGUGCCAGCUGCCGGGGCUAUGGGGCGCUGCGCUGGUGCCACUAGUCACCGUGCAGCCGCAGCAGUUCCUGUGCACGUACCGCCGCCACUGCUUCACGCUGUGCCACUGCUGUGACUUCGACGCAUGUGACUGCGAGCAGACAUGCCCGCGCAACUGUACGUGCUAUCACGACCACACGUGGACCCACAACGUGGUGGACUGCAGCGGCGGAUGGACGGCCAUGCCCUCCGGCGUGCCCAUGGACGUGACGGAGGCCUUCAUGGACGGCAACGCCAUGGGCGCCCUCACCUCGCAUGCCCUUAUCGGCCGCAAGAACCUGCGAGUGCUGCACCUCAACCACUCCGAGGUGACGGCCAUCCAGAACAGGACCUUCAACGGCCUCAAGACGCUGCAGGUGCUGCGCCUCGACCACAACCUGCUGGCCGAGCUGCGCGGCCACGAGUUCCUCGAUCUACACGACCUGCGCGAGCUGUACCUACAGCACAACCGUCUGCGCCACCUCAACAACGCCACCUUUGUGCCGCUGCGCGCCAUCGAGGUGCUGCGCCUGGACCACAACCUGCUCACCACCUUCCCCGUGUGGACGCUGCGCCACAACCUGUUCCUGCUGGAGGCCGGCCUGCACCACAACCCAUGGAGCUGCGAGUGCGCCUUCCUGGCCGACCUGCGCCUGUGGCUGGAGGCAAACCGCAUCAAGGCCACCAAUGCCAGCCUGGUGCACUGCCGCCACAACACCACGGGUGCCGCCGGCCCGCCCGUGCUGUCCGACACGCCGCUGCGGUGCGACCACUAUGUGGCCACCACACGCAUCAACAGCCUCAUCGUGCACGACUACCUCAUGAUGCUGCUCAUCACCGCGGUGCUGCUGCUGCUGCUGCUGGCCGCCGCACUCACCGUCUUCGCCUACCGCCGCCGCCUGCGGCUGUGGGCGGUGGGCCGCUACGGCAAGCGCCUGUUCGAGAAGUCCUCGGCCUAUGUGGAGGAGCGCGAGAAGCUGUUCGACGCCUUCGUCACGCAUAGCGCCAAGGACGCCACCUGGGUGUGCGGCCUCAUGGCGCCAGAGCUGGAGGCCUCGGGGUACCGCGUGUGUGUGGCGCAGCGGGACUGCGGUGGCGCGGGCGCAGCCAUCGCGGAAAGCAUCGCCUGCAGUCGCCGCGUGGUGGUGGUGCUGUCGCGCGGCCUGGUGGACGCCGAGUGGUGCCGCUACGACUUCAAGAGUGCGCACGUGGAGGCGCUGCGCGGCGUGCGGCGGCGCCACGUGGUGGUGGUGCUGCUGGAGGACGUGCCGCGCACCGAGCUGGACGCCGAGCUGGCGGCACUGACGCGCGCCGCGGCUACCGUGCUGAGGCCACGCGACCCACGCUUCUGGGACCGCCUCAAGAGGUCCCUGCCCUCCUUGCGAGGCCGCCGCGCCACAGCCAGGGGCGCGGCGGCGCGACCCCUAGUACCACACCACGCCAACAGCUCGUGGCCGCGGCAGGAGGCCAAGGGCGUGGGCAUGGGGGCCGCCAAGUCCCUCACCGUCAAUCCAUACUGGGAGACCGCCGUGGGGGAGGGCGCCUGGCCCUGCAAGGUGGCAGGGCCUGGAGCGCCUCUCCCCUGGGUGCAGGCGCCGCCCAACCCACCGUCCACGCCGCGCCCUGAAGCAGGGGGUGAGGGCACGUCGCCGGCGCGGUGCGGCGCGGAGGGUGAGGGGCCGGAGCACACCUACAUGAGCGUGAGCGAGUGCGGCGAGGCGCUGCCCGUCUCGUCGCCGCGCCCCGGGGACGCUGUCGAGCCGCCCACGUCCUUGGCGGAGGGCUGGGCCGAGGCGGGGGCGCGGGGCCCCGCCUUCCUGCGCCACGACGCCCCAGACUACCUCACCCGCAGCUGGGUCUUCCACGCGCCCCCCGGGGAGCAGCCGCCCCCUCCGGGACAGACCUACUUCGUUUAGACAACUGUCCCGCGGGCGUGCCGCCCACACACUUCAAGUUCCUCCGCGCCCCCGCCCCCCAGCACGCCCCGGCUGAGGACCGGCCCAGACACAUUCCGCCCACGCCACGGUGCGCGCCGCCACGCACGCACCCUUGGCGCCGCAGACA